AUGGCUGAUAAUGAGGAAUACAUUGAAAGAUUAAAUUCUAUCUCCAUACAAAUUAAUCGUUAUUUUGCAGUACUCAUAUUCGUCUUUGGUAGUGUAGGAAAUAUUCUUAAUUGUUUAGUUUUAUCUCAACAAUCAUUACGUUCCAAUCCAUGUGCUGUACUUUUUCUUGUUUCUUCAUUUAUUGAUCUGAUUUCUAUUCUUGUUGGUUUAACACCACGAAUCUUAGCUGGUUGGAAUCUCGAUCCGACUGCAACUAUCGACUGGAUGUGCAAACUUCGAACCUUUAUCACCUUUAGUACACGGACGAUGGCGAUAUGGUUAAUUACACUGGCUACACUUGAUCGAUGGUUGUUGUCUUCGCCUAAUCACCGUCGACGAAAAUUAAGUUCAUUGAAAAAUGUCAAACUUGGCAUGCAUAUUUGCAUAAUUCUAUCGAUUCUCUUCUAUGUUCAUAUGUUUAAUUGUUAUGAAGCAAAUCUUAUUGAUCAGCCGUUGAAAUGCUAUGGGAAAACAAUCGCGUGUCGUCUGGCCACGGACAUAAUUUAUGUCAUAAUGACGAUAUUUCUUCCGUCAACUCUAAUGGUAUUCUUUGGAAUAUUGAUUGUUUCAAAUGUUCGAUAUCUUCGUAUGCGAACGCACAAAGUUUCAUUGAGAUCUCGACAUUCAAGAACAGGCCAGUUCAAAUUAAAGAGAACUGAUCAUCAUCUGCUUCGAAUGUUGCUUGUACAAGUUCUUCUUUUAAUUAUAUUUUGUAUUCCACAAGCCAUACAGAAGUUUUAUAUUACUUUUAAGCGAUUCCUUGUUGUUGAUGAACGUGCGGAGGCUUUAAAUCGAUUUUUAUACAAUAUUGAAGUUUUAUUAGCAUUCAUUGCUAGUGGAAUGCCGUUUUAUUUGUAUACACUCAGCGGUGGAACUGUUUUUCGGGAAGCAUCGAAGAAUUUGUUCAAGAAGCUUUAUAGAAAAUUCAAAUGUUGUUCAUGA